CAGCCGCGCAAUAAUCGCGUGCGCAGAGGAAAACGGCACCGCAUGCGGUGUAUUUGCUGCGUCCGAUCCCGCGCGCAGCUUCACCAACAGCCAGAUCUGAGACCUCUAGGCGCUGGCGGCGCCGCCCGCACCUUCCUCAUUCGCUCCGGUAACCCGUUGGCGCUUCCCCCGCCUAUCCCCGCGCGCCACCGCUGCUUCCUCCACCUUCUCUCCCCGCCGCCACCCCUUGAGCACACCGUUCCUCCGACGAACAGCGCCCGACAGCCGUUUGCAGCUCGGCGCCCACAAGGUGUUUGGCAAAACGCUUGCAAGGAAGAAGAAACCAAGAAGAAGAAGAAGAUGUCUGGAAAAGGGAAGAGGCGAAGCGCCAGGUUGCUCAAGCUCGAGGAGCAGAAGAAUGAUGACAAGGACGGUGGCUGCAUCCUAGAUCCCUGGCACAUCAUCCGGAAUAGCUUCUCCUGCGCCGCGCAAGGGAAGAGAAAAAGGAAUGACGAAAUCCAGGGAGAAGCUUCGUGUGGCCAAGAGAUCGAUGCGGCAUAUACUGAUAACAUGUCAGGCAAGGGCGCGACGUCGGAGCAGAUCAUCGACUACAUUCUCAACAUGCUGGAGCUGAGAGACAGACUCGAGUUGUUUGCGAUGCCGGAUGACAUCCAGGUGGGUGAUUGCGCGGAACGGGUAGAGAGGCCUGGCGAUUUUGCGACGUUAAGGCAGAAGAACACAGAUGGCACGUACAAGACACUAGAGCAAUUCGAGAAGGAUGUGUACAUUGUGUUCCAGAAGGCAAUGUCCAUAAACAGCCAGGACACCAUACCUUACAAAGAGGCCGUGGCGUUGCUGGAUCAAGCCAGGCAGGUUUUCCAGUCUCUGAAGAAGAACCGGAUGUACUCCGAGUCGGACCUGCUGGCGUGGCGUCACAAGCAACUCGACGCCGGGCCCAGCAACGCAGCGAGAGAUCAACAAGGCGGCGAUGCUGCCGUUACACCUGCACAGCAGCGGCCCAGCAUCACGCCGCUGAGGAAGAAGGCCGGCGAGAAGAAACACCAGAUCAAAAGCACGCCAUCGCCCGUAAAGAGAGCAAGAAAAGGAUUCGCAGCAGCGACAAGGGAACCUGGUGGUGCCAGGGAGCUGAACAGGAAGCUCAGUUACAACGAUGGCGCUGGUCGGGCAACGCCGGUGACGCUGCCGCCGCCUGCCUUCCGAGAUGGGCAAGCUACCGUCGUUUAUGUAUGUAAAAUAUAAAAGCCCCAGAUGCUCUCAACUACUACUCGAUCCUACUGUAUAUGAGUAACAAUCAUG